GGCCGGAAGUAGCGGCGGCGGCGGCGGCGGCGGCGGGCGCGGGGUCCCGGCCGCCCCCAGCCCCGGCGCGAUGGCCCCCGGGGGCUCCCGCAGCCGCUCCCGCUCCCGGGGCCGCGCGCCCGCGGGGAGGAGCAGGGCGAGGAGCGGGGAGGACGGCGCGCGCACGCCCGGCUGCUCGGGCUCCCACGGCCGCAGGGACCGAAGCAAGCGCAAGGCGCGCAAGAGGCCGCGGUCCAGCUCCUCCUCCUCCUCCAGCUCCUCCAGCUCCUCCAGCUCCUCCUCCUCCUCCUCGUCCUCGUCCUCCUCCUCCUCCUCCAGCCGUGGCCGAAAGAAGCGAGGAAAGCACAAGGACAAGAAGAGGAAGAAGAAGAGGAGGAGGAAGAAGAAGCUGAAGAAGAAGAAGGAGAAGGAGAAGGUGCAGGCGGAGGCCCUGCCUGGCCCCUCGCUGGACCAGUGGCACCGCCCGGCCGGGGAGGAGGAGGAAGGCCCAGUCCUGACAGAUGAGCAGAAGUCGCGCAUCCAGGCCAUGAAGCCCAUGACCAAGGAGGAGUGGGACGCCCGGCAGAGCGUCAUCCGCAAGGUGGUGGACCCCGAGACGGGCCGCACCAGGCUCAUUAAGGGCGACGGCGAGGUCCUGGAGGAGAUCGUGACCAAAGAGCGCCACCGGGAGAUCAACAAGCAAGCCACCCGAGGAGACGGCCUGGCCUUCCAGAUGCGCUCUGGCCUGCUGCCCUGAGGCUGUGGGCAUGGCUGGUGGUCGUCAGGGCUGGCCGCAGCACGGAGCCCUGAGGGUUGCCGUUUGUGGUUCUCCAGGGACUCUGCUCCCCCCAUCUCCCCAAACGCGGGGGUCAGUGGCCUGAGUGGCAACUCCAUCUCCUGAGUGCCCACUUGCCAGACAUUAAACAUUCCCCGGUUGGUGGUGUC